AGGACGAUCAGGAGCAGCAGCAGCAAUCCAACCACUGCAACAGCUUUACCAUGAACACCUACCUCUUUGUGUAUGACUUAAUGCAAUUCUGUGGACAUUCCUGGAUAUUUACAAAUAUGAUCAUCAGGUUCAUGUCAUUUGGAAAAGACUCGUUGGCUGACACAUUUUACUCCAUAGGACUUGUAAUGCGCCUUUGCCAGUUGUUAUCUGUAUUGGAGAUCUUACACAUCCUCAUUGGCAUUGAUAAAAGCCGUCUCUUCCCCAGGUUUUUGCAGAUCACUGAGAGAAUAAUUGUUUUAUUUGUCGUGAUCAACAGUCAGGAAGAAGUUCAAGGGAAAUAUGCCGUGUGUGUUUUAUUUUUCCUUUGGAAUUUAUUAGAUGUGGUCAGGUACACUUACAACAUGUUAGCAAGGACGGGAAUAUACUACCUACCACUGACAUGGCUCAACUUCUCACUGUGCAUCCCACUCUAUCCCCUUUCAGUUCUGGCUAAAGCAUUUGCAAUUUGGGUAUCGCUGCCUUAUUUUGAAUCCCUUGGCACAUACUCCAUCAAGCUACCAUUUCCAUUCGCCUUCUCAAUCUACUUCCCCUACAUUCUGAAAAUUUAUCUGCUAGUGCUGUUUAUAGGUAUGUGCUUUAUCAUCCAGAACCUCUUCUCUGAAAGGAAGGCACACCUAGGGACAGGCAACAUCAAAAAGAAAAGAAGCUAAGUUGAUACUUUGUUUGGAAAUAAGAAAUAUAUUCCCAGUGGGCUGCUGCGUAUCAUAGGUUAAAAAGAAAUUAGACAAAGAUUUUCAAUGCAAAAUUCCUGUUUGCAUGUAUAUUAUCUGGCUGUGUAGAAUUUUCAGAAAAAGCGUGUCUCUAAUGCACCUCAAAAAUGGAGCUGCUCAAAAUAACUAGUUACUUUUGAAAGUUUUACUCCUUCAAAUGGCAAGAGUUUUAAAAAUGAAUAUUUUUUCCCUAACACAUAUUGGAGAACUCCAGUCACAAUCACACUAACAACCCUUAUUUUGGUGUUAGUUCUUGCCUCAUUAGCAACAGAUAUUCUGUAGUGGCAAUACCAUUUAAUCUGUAAGAUUAUUUUAUAUUGGGCCAACAUGUAUGUGCCUCGUAUAUGCUAAGUUGGCUAGAACUGGAAUCUCUCAAGAAGCAGAAGCUGGAAACUUUGCAACCUAUGAGAUUCACAUGCUGAUUAGCUCCAGGCAUUCACAAAGGAUCCCUAACAUUCUGGCCCAACCUUCACCUCUCCAAACAACAUUGCAGAAAAUGCAGCUACACCACAAAGGCAAGUGAUCAGGUACUCAUCUAUUAUAUAUUCAAGGGGAUAUUUAAGGGUCAGAAGUAGAAACUUAUAGUCAUGUGUCUGGCAGCCAUUAAGAAUUUCUUUCCCCACAAUGAUUUUCUUCCAUGCUGAACAGCAGACAGAAGUGUGAUGUAGCCAGGCCAAAUAUAUGUUGUUCUUUAAAGGGAAGUGAAUGACUAUCAAAAGCCAUGUGCAAAAUUCUAGCCAUUUUACUCAAGUGCAUUGCUCCUCACACUUCUGUAGGACUAUCUGUGAGAAUGCGACUAGAACAUAGUCUCUUCAAAGGUUGGGAAUGAAGAAUACGGACAGCAACCCAGUGGACUGUACAGGCAAAAAUGGACAAAUAACUGCUUAGAGUUUGGCAGGGGCUUUUCUGAUUUUCAUCCAUAUUGAUUAUCACUUACCUUUGAAUUCAAGCAGGUGGGGGAGAAAAGUAAGGCUAUUUUUUUGAUCUUGACUGAAAACUGAGGGGAGGGAGGAAAGAUAAUAGUUGGAGGGAAGAUGUAUUUAACGGGAAAAUGAAUACUAUCAGAAUAUGAAGAGGUUUUUGCCUCUACGACUUUCUAAACCAUGCAGCCUAAGAGAGUAUGUAAGAAAAGAGUGAAGCUCACAAACUCGAACUGAUUUGUUACGAAAGGUCACCUACUAUCAUUUUUAUUUAUUUAAUAUAUGUGGCAGACAAUACCUGCAGACUAUUGUGACCACUGGAGUAUUUGCAAACCAUAAGCAACAAGGUCAUGCGUGCAAAUAGUAUAGGGUCAACCCUGGAUUUUUUUUUUUUUGUGAAAGCGCUGCAAACAGAGGUAGGAAUUUGGAACUUAUUAGAGAAACAGAAGUACUUCCACUUUGGACUUCUGUUCUGACCCAAACUGAUUCAAGUGUGGACAAUGUGAAGAAAUGUACAGAGCAGCUGAAUAGGGUGACAGCUUUGAAGAAGAGAGCCAGAAUAAGAACACUUCACAUCGAACCACUAUAUAACACACUGAAGGUGAAACAUGGACAUUUUUCUCCUUGGAAAUUCAAUCUAAUGUGUUUGUCAUCAAACCGCCUGGAGUUAACACACCCUGCAGGAGGAAACAUGACAUAUGAUAUUGUAUUGGGUCUACAUGGCAAGGCUUUGGCAGUGGGGAAGCUGCAGGGAAGGCCUCCGUGAGAAGCAGCCAGUGGCUUCACUGAUGCCAGACACAGCUGGUUCCAGCCAGCUCCGAAACAGAGCCACUGUGGGACACUGCUGAGCCAAACAGCAAAGCUGAUGGUGCCUCUGUGAAAACAUAUUUAAGAAAAGGUAAAAAAUGCAGCAGCUGUGAGAGAGAAGAAUAAGAAAAA